UCGGCCUGAUCAUCACUUACCAUCAGGUGAGAUACAGGCCAAGAGCUUUCUCGUUGUGGAUAAAAAAAAAGUUAACCCCUUAUUUUUUCCAAUUCCAGAACGAGAUUUUCCAGAAGAUGACGACGACCCAGACCAGCUCAUCCCCGCCCUUCCAGAAAACACUCCUCACGUCCCCUACAAGCCGGCGAGGAGGUCCGACGAGGAGGUCCUCAAGAGGUCCAGGGAGUACUACGAGCUGAUGGCGGAAAGGAGAACCGUAAGGGCAUUCAGCCCUGAACCUAUACCAGAUGGGGUGUUGGAGAAUAUUAUUAAGACUGCAGGCACAUCCCCAUCGGGAGCCCACACAGAGCCGUGGACCUUCGUCGUGGUCCAAGACCCUGACAUGAAAGAAGCCAUCAGAACCAUAGUGGAAGAGGAAGAGGACCUGAACUACUCCAAGAGGAUGUCCAGGCAGUGGGUGACGGACUUAAAGCCCUUCGCUACGAAGCCAAUAAAGCCGUAUCUAUCUGAUGCUCCAGCGCUGGUCUUGGUCUUCAGACAGACGAACAGUUGGAGACCAGAUGGGAAGAAGAAGAUGCAUUACUACAGUGAGAUCAGCGUGGCUAUCGCAGCUGGGAUAUUGCUAGCUGCUAUACAGUACUGCGGUCUAGUGGCCCUCACUUCCACUCCUCUGAACUGCAGCCCUCGCCUUCGAGACCUCCUCUCCAGGCCACACAACGAGCGGCUGGAACUCCUGCUGCCUGUGGGGCGCCCGCAAGAUGGCGCCACGGUGCCCGACUUGAGCAGAAAGCCGCUGGAUGAGAUCCUGGUCAAGAUAUGACAGUUAGAAGAAAUAGGAGAAUUUGCAUACAAUGUUUUGUGAAGGUUUAUGAGAAAAUACAGUCCAAAACUGAAGCGGGUUUUCCACCGUGAGUGGAAAGAGCAGUUAAUGACUCCGUUUAUCUCGCAAUACAAAAGCAUACAUCUGUUUCCACCAGCAAAGUGUCGAGGGCAAAAAGAGUAAAAAUGAGCUCGCUCAUAAAAUUAAUACUCCUGUAGGCCUAGGAUGCGCGCACCGAUAAGUGGUUAUCACGCCAUUUUAUCGAUUUUCCCCAUACAUUUUGACGUCGAUAAAAGUUAUCACGGUGCGCAUCUUAGGCCUACAGAACUCUUUCUCGGUGCAAAAACAAUUUUAUUUUAUGUACUAGCUAGAAGACCGCUCCGCUAGACGUCCCUAGUUCAUUCCUCUUUGGCGGUGGAAAAUGGGCCUGAAUAUCAGCGAAUCCAAACAUAUUAUUAUCUCUCUCUCAUAGCAAAAUGCUGAGUAAUCAUCGACAGAUAUUUGAAAUUAUAGGCCUACGAUGAAUCAUCAAGCAUCAUAAAGGUAGCAGGAAGGCGCCGGAUGCAGGCCACCACCAACCGGCCAUUGUUGAAAUCAUUGGGGGAGGCCUAUGUUCAGCAGUAGACGUCCUAUGGCUGAAAUGAUGAUGAUGGGGCUUAGGAUGCGUGGCAGUUCAACUUUUAUCGAGGCAUUUUAUCGAUUUUGCACGAUGAGACCAUACAUUUUGUCGUAUAAAAUCGUCGAUAAGAUUUUAUCAUGGCGCGCAUCCUCAUCCUCAUCAUGAUAAUUUAAGUAAUUUUACUGCUUAAAAAAUGAAUGAUUUUCUAACAAUUUAAUAGAAAUCAUACGAAAUCAUACCACCCACUGAACUAUGUUUAUCUUUUAUCAAAAGAGAAAACAGUUGUACUAA